CUGACCUGCUGAGCCUUUCUGCUUCUGUGCCGAUUCAGCACUGGUACAAGCCGACCCUGUUACAAACUUCCACCGCUGCAUCUUUGGGCCGGCCAUACCUCUGUUGCCGCCCGCGUGACUCAAGGCGCCCCUACUUCCAAGCCCCCGGCUAUGCCCUUCCGUCGGUUGGAGAUGGCCAAGACUUGCUUCAAGACCGAGCACCCGCUAGAAAGGAGGCAAGCUGAAUCUGCUAGGAUCCGUGAGAAGUACGCUGACAGAAUUCUGGUGAUCGUUGAGAAGGCUGAUAAGUCCGAUGUCCCGGAAAUUGAUAAGAAGAAGUACCUUGUCCCUGACGAGCUGCUAAACCCGCCAGUCCAUGACCCAUCUCGCCUCGACGACCGCAGUUCUACUAUGGCUGGCGCACCAUUCUGCUGUUGCAGCCUCAAGCCGGCGCCCCCGAGCUUCCUCCUCUGCCAUGCAUCUUCGCGGCCGCCACACAAACAUGGCCUGUCACCACGGCCUACUUCAACUCGCCCGCUUCUCCCGCGCCAAAUUGCCAUGGCCUGCUGCGGCCCUUUCCUCCGCUGCGAGUCGUCUCCGACUCCGAGCCGCCGCCGUCUCGUCCUUUCGCUAAACCGCCGGGUCCGUCUCUGCCUUGGUCGGCCCUGAGACUCCAAGUCGCCGGGUCCGUCGUUCCUCCGUGCGCUCCCGGUCCUUGCCUCCAGCCGCCCCUGACUGAUGAGCCGAUGUUGCGACUGCUGGAGCUGAACCUGUAACUCACGGAUGAGGGGAAGGUGCUACAGGGUCCUAAGACACCGACAAUCAUCUGGCUUGGAGGAAUGAUGUUUUGAGUUCUGGCAAGUUACUGUUGAUCAAUCGGCCUUGACCAGGAGGUGGACUCAAGCCGUUUCUGCUUGAGGCCGGU